GAACGUCAUUUUUGUGUUGCUGGAGUGGAGUUUCAAAGUGUAUUGAUUUUUUCAUUUCCCAAUCCCAAUUUAAAAUUAAACUUUCAAUGUUAUUAUCUAAGUAAUAAUACAAUGCAAUUUAUGUUUCAAGAACGAAUGAAUUUAAAUAAUAUUCAAUUAUGAACGAAGAAGACAAACAGGCGCUUAUCCAAAGAUUUAAUAUUAAGAUUGGAGAUGAUAUUAAUAACUUGGCUAACGCAUAUGAAUUAGAAAAUGAAUAUGUAGAAAAGCGCGACAAAUUACAAAACUCUCUUCAGGUGAAAAACACUGAAGUCCCAACAAAAGUGAAGUCAUCAAUAGAUAAAGCAAAGAAAAAGCCUGCUGAAAUAGCGGAGCUCAAAGAGAAAAAUGAAAAGUUGCAAAACAAACUAGACCAGUUUCUGGUAAAAACUGAGCCCCUGCGUGACAAACUAAACAAAAGGUUUGCAGCUAUCAAUAAACUAGUGAAGGCCCAGUCAUAUUUGAAGACUUAUAUAGAAGUAGAAGAUUUGUGCCGUCAAUUGUCCAACUGUAAUGAAGAUGAGCAGAGUGUGCUGCUGUUUGGAGCACUUAAAGAGCUGUGCUUACAAUACCAGGAUGGCCACAGAGGCACUUAUUUCAAGGAAUACACACACUACUGGCAUAAUAUACUUAAGGAUAAAUUAACUAAACAAUAUGAAGAUGUAUUAAAACUGCUGAAAUGGCCAGUAGUAAUGCGUCCGGACAUGUCCCCUUUGCCUAAAGAUGUUAUGGUCAAGUUCCAUAAUCUGACCAAGUUUUUAUUCCUUAUUGAAGAACCAGACGAUGAACAAGCCAGAAUACAGUCAGGGGAUUUCAGUUUAGCAGAAAAUCCCUGUUUACCUGUAAAAGUCCUGUUACGGCCACUGAAGAAAAGGUUUACAUUCCACUUCACUGGGUCUCGGCAGACCGCGCGCAUUGACCGCCCUGAAUGGUUCCUAACUCAGACGCUCACAUGGAUCAAGGAUCACCAGGGCUUCGUGAGGACACAUGUACAGCCAGUUGCUGACAAACUGCAGUUGAGGCAUGUUCGGGCUGUUGACGAGUUCAACGCCGGCCUAAUCUCUUUCGCGGCGGAAAGACUGCACACCGUCCUCGGCAUGUAUAACGCACACGGGGCCAAGGAAAAACGCGCGGACAUGGACGCGGCCUUUGCUCACGCUGUGGAUGAGGCUUUAGGCUUCCAUCGUGAACUGGUGCUAAUAACGGGGCAUGAGGUGAACAGCGUGCUUUCGGUGCUGACGAAGGCGGAGAUCUUUGUGAGAUGGCUUUCUGUUGAAAAGAAAUAUGCCUUAUCAAAAAUGGACGAGACGUUAGACACCGAGUCAUGGAUCGAGCCCGUGGCAGGCGGCAUGGGUUCCGCAGUAGGGUCCGUGCUGUGGGUGCCGCGGGGCGCUGAUUGGUUCAUGUCGCUGUUGAAAACUAUUGAGGACCGGUAUGCUGUGUUACCGCAGCCUGGACACCGGCUUCAGUUUCUCGAGCUCCAACUGGAGCUUGUUGAGGAGUGGCGCGUGCGGCUGACGCAGCUGCUGAGCGCGGCGCUGGGCGUGCUGCCGGCGGCCGCGUUCCUGGCCGGCGCCGGCCCGGACCCCGUCACCGCCGUCGUCAACGCGGCGCACCACGCCCGCACCGGCCUGCUGCAGUGGGCCCACUGUCUGCACUACCUCCAACUGCACUACUACCGUCGCCAGUUCCAACACUUCACCCAGCAGCAACACCAUGACGAGUCCGGAUCAGCGUCCAGCUCCGGCGAACAAUCUAACGAAUCAGACUCGGACGCUGAUGACGAAAAAGAAAAAACAGAUGAUGACGCCUUGUCGCUGAAAGAUGUGGAGCAGAAGGCGAAAAACCAAGCUAUUGAUGAAGUGAUGCGUCGCAAUUCAGUGUUGCCUGAAUUGAGCCACUUUGAUAUCACAUCGCCAAUAUCAAACUUGACCGUAACGGAGCCGCUGUCUAACGACGACUCUGAAGAGGCGGGCGUGUUUGCCGAAGCGCCGGCGCUACUAGCGCGUUUGCGCGACGCCGGACUCACCGCUCUCGCCGACCACGCGCUGCUCGAGUUCCGCGCCGCCAUGCGCGACUACAGGCGGCAGAAAUGGCACGCGAUGUUGGUAGUGGAAGAAAUAGCGCUCUGCGUAUCAACGCCUCUGUGCGCGCCGCUGUCCGCGCUCUGCACGCGCAUGAACAACGCCACGGCCAAACUGGCCCCUGUCCUGGCCGUGAGGUUCAGGAGCUUCCUGGCUGAGAGCGUCGACCAGUACAUCUUCGAGGAGGUGGUGCUUGAAAGUUGGUUCAACACGGGCGGCACGAUCCAAUUCACGCACGACGUGAAGCGCAACCUCGUGCCGGCCUUCGCUCCGCCUAAUAAGAGCGCGUCGCAGACCAACCUACUACCUAAGCUGCUAGAAUCGUGCGUGCUCCUGAACAUGGAGUACGAGGAGGCUCGGCGGCUGCGCUCGCUGCUGCGCGCGCACCCGGGCACGGGCGCGGAGGCGCUGCGCGCGCGCGGCGUGCGGCACGUGCCGGCGCCGCACGCGCUGCGCGUGCUCGACCAGCGCACCGACCUCGGCGACGCGCCCGAGCGCUCCGUCAUGGACCUCUUCUGAGAGUGCGAGGGGGGAGGGCUUUAAGUUGGC